AUGAAGCUGAAGAAGCAGGUGACAGUGUGUGGAGCUGCCAUCUUCUGCGUGGCCGUCUUCUCCCUCUACUUGAUGCUGGACAGGGUGCAGCACGACCCCACGCGCCACCAGAGCGGGGGCAACUUCCCCAGGGCUGAGCGUCGCCCGAGCUUCCUCUCCGUCUCCCCACAGGACUGCCAGUUUGCCCUGGGGGGCAAGGGCCAGAGCCCAGACCUGCAGAUGCUGGCCGUGUACUCCCUGCUGCCCUUUGACAACCAGGAUGGCGGUGUGUGGAAGCAGGGCUUUGAUAUCACCUAUGAGCCCAAUGAGUGGGACGCUGAGCCCUUGCAGGUGUUUGUGGUGCCGCACUCCCACAACGACCCCGGCUGGAUCAAGACCUUUGACAAGUACUACUAUGACCAGACGCAGCACAUCCUCAACAGCAUGGUGCUGAAGAUGCAGGAGGACCCGCGCCGGCGCUUCAUCUGGUCCGAGAUCUCCUUCUUUUCCAAGUGGUGGGACAACAUCAGUGCCCAGAAGCGGGCUGCGGUGCGGAGGCUGGUUGGCAACGGGCAGCUGGAGAUGGUGACUGGUGGCUGGGUGAUGCCCGACGAGGCCAAUUCCCACUACUUCGCCAUGAUUGACCAGCUGAUUGAGGGGCACCAGUGGCUGGAGAAAAACAUUGGUGUGACGCCCCGGUCGGGCUGGGCCGUCGACCCCUUUGGGUACAGCUCCACCAUGCCCUACCUGCUGAAGCGCUCCAACCUGACAGGCAUGCUCAUCCAGCGCGUGCACUACUCCAUCAAGAAGCACUUUGCUGCUACCCAGAACCUGGAGUUCAUGUGGAGACAGACAUGGGAUCCAGAUGCUAGCACCGAUAUCUUCUGCCACAUGAUGCCCUUCUACAGCUACGAUGUGCCCCACACCUGUGGGCCAGACCCCAAGAUCUGCUGCCAGUUCGACUUCAAGCGCCUGCCAGGUGGCCGGAUCAACUGCCCGUGGAAGGUGCCUCCCCGAGCCAUCACCGAUGCCAAUGUGGCGGAGCGAGCCCAGCUGCUGCUGGACCAGUACCGCAAGAAAUCCAAGCUGUACCGCAGCAAGGUGCUGCUGGUGCCCCUGGGAGAUGAUUUCCGCUAUGACAAGCCACAGGAGUGGGAUGCCCAGUUCCUCAACUACCAGCGCAUCUUCGACUUCCUCAACUCCCAGCCCAACCUCCACGUCCAGGCGCAGUUUGGGACGCUCUCUGACUACUUUGAUGCCCUGUACAAGAAGAUGGGCAUUGUGCCGGGGAUGAAGCCGCCUGGGUUCCCAGUGCUGACUGGGGAUUUCUUCUCCUACGCGGACCGGGAGGAUCACUACUGGACAGGCUACUACACCUCCCGGCCUUUCUACAAGAGCCUGGACCGGGUGCUGGAGGCCCACCUCCGGGGGGCAGAGAUCCUGUACAGCCUGGCGCUCGCCCAUGCCCGCCGCGCUGGUGCUGAUGGCAGGUACCCACUCUCCGACUACUCCCUGCUGAGCAACGCCCGCCGCAACUUGGGCCUCUUCCAGCACCAUGACGCCAUCGCUGGCACCGCCAAGGAGGCCGUGGCGGUUGACUAUGGAGUCCGGCUGCUGCACUCCCUCACGAACCUCAAGCGCGUCAUCAUCAACGCUGCGCAUUACCUUGUGCUGGGGGACAGGGAUGCCUAUCGCCACGACCCUGCUGCACCCUUCCUCAGCACGGAUGACACGCGCCCCAACCAGGACUCCCUCCCAGAGAGAACAGUGGUCAAACUGGACACCUCGCCCCGGUUCCUGGUGGUGUUCAACCCGCUGGAGCAGGAGGUGCUGGUGGACUCCCCACACGUGCGUGUGCUCUCCGAGGAGGGGCAGCCCCUGCCUUCCCAGCUCAGUGCGCACUGGGGCUCCGCCACUGACAUGGUGCCUGACGUCUACCAGGUACGGGGUGCCCUGGUGCCACUGCCCGCCUCCAUCCUCAGCCUGCACAGCCCAUGCCCCUUAAAUCCCCCCGCCACUGUGAAGUCCUCCGUGCGCUUGUACCUGCACGGCCGGGACUUGCCUGUGCGCAAGCAGGAGGCCGUACCUGUGCAUGUCUUCCCGGCCACCGCCGAUGACUUCUGCCUGGAGAACCAGCACCUGCAGGCCUGCUUCUCAGGACACUCAGGCCUGCUGCAGAGGAUCCGCCAAGCUGGGGAGGAGCGGGGGCAGAGGGUGAGCAGCGAGUUCCUUGUUUACGGCACCAGGCGAAGCCCCCUCUGCUCCGCAAACUGGGGGCGCUGGGGGAGAGCCAUGGGACAGCCCUGGCUCCCUCACUGCCUGCCCGCAGGGGUGGAGGGCCUGUCCCUGGACGUGUCUUGCCUGGUGGACAUCCGUGACCACAUCAACAAAGAGCUGGCCCUGCGCUUCAGCACUGAUAUCGAGAGCGACGACACCUUCUUCACAGACCUCAACGGUUUCCAGGUAUCCAGCAGCCUGGGGAGGGGCAGCAGCCACCCUUGGGGAACAGUCCCGGGACGCUGGGACCCCCUCUCUGCAGGCCAGCUGGAGGUCAUCCUGGACCGGCGCCUCAUGCAGGAUGACAACCGGGGCCUGGGGCAAGGGCUGAAGGACAACAAGCGAACCUGCAACCGCUUCCGGCUCCUCCUGGAGCACCGCGCCACUGCCAACAAGGCCCUGGUCAUGCCCGUGGCCCAGGAGAAGCCGGCCCCGCCAGCCCUGCGCUCCUUCGUGCCCCUUUCCACCACCCUCCCCUGCGACUUUCACAUCCUUAACCUGCGGAUGCUGCAGGCAGAGGAUGACUCCCUUCCCUCUGCUGAGGCGGCCCUGAUCCUGCACCGCAAAGGCUUUGACUGCAGCCUGGAGGCCAAGAACCUGGGCUUUAACUGCACCACCAGCCAGGGCAAGCUGGCCCUGGGCAGCCUGUUCCAGGGGCUGGAGCUGGGCUCCCUGCAGCCCACCUCGCUGACCUUGAUGUACCCGCUGGGCACAGCCUCCAACAGCACCAACAUCCACCUGGAUCCCAUGGAAAUCGCCACUUUCCGCAUCCGCCUGGGGUAG